GUCCUAUCUCUGUUUGGCUUUGAUCAAGGUUAAUCAUUAUCAUUACCACGCGCAUCGAAAAGCACAAUGCUCUCGCGCGACAUAGAGCCGGACCCGAAGCCCUGGGAAUCUUCUCCCAUGGACAAGAAUGUAGCAGUCGAGCAGGGUUCAAUUAAGAACCCAUCAGAUGGCGAGCAGACAGGAAGUGACCAGGAAGAAUCUAAAGAAGAUGAGAAUUUGGUCACCUGGGACGGUCCAGACGACCCUGCAAACCCCUUGAAUUGGGCUCGAUCGAAGAAAUGGAUCUGUACAUGGAUCAUUGCCACCUUUGCUUUUAUUUCUCCGCUCUCUUCAACCAUGCUUGCACCAGCACUGCCAACCAUCGCAAAAGAAUUCAAGAUUUCUAGUUCCAUGGAGGAGGCUCUGGUCAUGUCAAUCUUCCUUCUUGCAUACGCGAUUGGCCCGUUCCUUCUAGGUCCUCUAUCCGAAAUCUAUGGCCGUGUGGUCGUUUUGCAGACGGCGAACAUGGUGUAUCUAAUAUUCAACACUCUCUGUGGUAUUUCACGUUCGAAGCAGCAGAUUCUUGCAUUUAGAUUCUUGAGCGGUUUGGGAGGGAGUGCGCCUCAAACGCUUAACGGAGGUAUGCUAAGUGAUUGUUGGCGCGCAGAGGAGCGAGGCAAGGCUAUUGCAAUAUAUAGCUUUGCGCCGUUCAUCGGACCGGUUGUCGGUCCCAUCGCCGCCGGCUACAUCGCACAGAACACUUCAUGGCGCUGGAUUUUCUGGGCUACAUCGAUUUUUGAUGCGGUUGUCCAGAUAUUGGCGUUUAUAUUCCUUAGUGAAACUUACGCACCAAAGAUUCUGGCGACAAAAGCGAAAAAGCUGCGCCGAGAAACGGGGAAUGAAAAGUUACGCACGAAAUGGGAGACUCCUGACCGGUCGCUUUUCCAAAUUCUGCGCAAGAACUUGUCGAGGCCGUUUAUUAUGCUCUUUACGCAGCCAGCCAUUCAGGUUCUCGGGCUUUACAGAGCGUACCUUUAUGGGCUGAUGUAUCUCGUCUUGGCUACGUUCCCGCUUGUAUGGGAGCAAGCAUAUAAGUUUUCCCUCGGAAUAGCGAGUUUGCACUAUAUCUCCCUUGGAAUCGGUUUUGUUAUCGGAUUACAGAUAUGUGCUCCUCUCAACGAUAGGGCGUACUGUGCCCUUAAGAAGCGUUACUCUCACCCGGGGCGGCCAGAGUUCCGCAUUCCUCUCAUGAUUCCCGCCGGCCUUCUUGUCCCUAUCGGUAUUUUUCUAUAUGGGUGGAGCACUCACUAUCGCACCCACUGGAUCAUUCCAGACAUUGGCUGCGCUAUAUUCGCCAUGGGCUUGAUCAUAGGAUUUCAGUGCGUCCAGUCUUACGUCGUCGAUUCCUACCCUCGCUAUGCAGCUAGUGCAACUGGUGCUGUCGCAUUUUUGAGAACGAUGGCAGGGUUUGGAUUUCCCCUAUUUGGCAGCCAGCUAUACGAGACACUAGGACUCGGAUGGGGGAAUAGUCUGCUUGGAUUUAUUUCUCUUACAUUGGGAAUUUUCGCGCCGUGGGGUCUAUGGCAUUAUGGGGAGAAGUUGAGGGCAAUAAGUGGGUAUUGCUCUGGAUGAGCCGUGUUAACUUAAGCGAAGGGUGACGGCGCUCCUCUUGCAGAUCUUGCCCAUAACGAAUGUCUUCAUAGAAUGUACAUACAUA